UUGUUUUUUGACGUUUUUGUUUACUUUUGAGUUUUUCCUUUUUUUUUUAUAAAUAAAAAAUUAAAAUUCACUUAAAGUCAAUGUUAAAUAUCGGACAAUUAACAAAAAAAGUGUUAAUAGAGAUGAAUAAACGAAAUAAAGAAUUCUAAAGCACUUUUUAAUAUUAAAAAUAAUAACAUAAUAAAAAUUUUUUUAGUACAAAAAUAUAUUAUUCUUUGAAUUAUAAUUACAAGUGUUUAAAAUUGCGGGCAAUUUGCCCUAAGGGUUUUUUUUAAGGGCGAGAAGGGGUAAUAUUAUUAUUAUUCUGCAAAGUACCUAUAGUUCCUGUAUAUUCUAUAUAUAUACAGUUUACUCCAAAAGUUUGCCGCCCGGUGUAAUUAUUUUUUUUAAUUUACCGAGUGAAUUAUAAAAAGAGUUUGAUAAGAUAAUAAACAAAGAUGACUGAAUUCGCUUUAGUUUCGAACAACAAAAUUUUUGGAGGAUGGCAAAAAGUUUACUCUCACGAAAGUACGGAAUUAAAAUGCAAAAUGAAUUUCGGUGUUUACUUACCGCCUCAAGCAGAAAGCGGUCCAGUGCCUGUAAUUUAUUGGCUUUCCGGAUUAACAUGCACGGAGACGAAUUUCAUUCAAAAAGCCGGAGCUCAAAAAUAUGCAGCUGAACAGGGAGUGAUGAUUGUUGCACCAGAUACAAGUCCUCGUGGUCUCAAUCUCCCCGGCGAAGAGACUUCCUGGGAUUUUGGCACUGGGGCAGGAUUUUAUGUUGACGCUACCGAGGAACCUUGGAAGAAUAAUUAUAAAAUGUAUAGUUAUGUUACCAAAGAAUUGCCGGCUUUGAUUAACGAAAAAUUCCCCGCCAUACCUGAAAAACAAUCUAUAAUGGGACACAGUAUGGGAGGUCAUGGAGCUUUGAUCUGUUGCUUAAAAAAUCCAGGCCAAUAUAAAACGGUCUCGGCAUUCGCUCCAAUUUGCAAUCCAAUAAACAGUCCAUGGGGACAAAAAGCAUUUUCCGGUUAUUUAGGCGAAAAUCAAGAUUGCUGGAAAAAGUGGGACGCCACUGAACUUAUGAAAAUUUACAAUGGACCACCUUUGGAUAUUUUGAUUGAUCAGGGUUCAGAAGAUAAUUUUCUCACUAAGGAAUUAAUGCCAGAGAGUAUUGUACCUGCAGCUCAGAGUAUAAGUAUGCCUUUGACGUUAAGAAUGCAAGAUGGUUACGAUCACACCUAUUUUUUCAUUUCGACAUUUAUCGAAGAUCACAUCAAACAUCAUGCGAAAUAUCUCAAGAAUUAAAAAUACAUUUUUAUUCUAAUUCCAAAUAUUUGUCAAUGACAAACAUUCUGUUUAAUUUUAUCAAAUAAAGAAGAAAAUCUUA